AUGGGGGGGCGAGACUGGCGCACCCCCGCCGAUGAUCCAAAAGGAUCAGAAGGAGAGUCAAAAGUAGAGUCUCGAAAAACCAGGGACAGUCUAGGCAACAGGAAGAUAGAAGGGAAUAGUCCAAGGAGGAAAGGAGCUAUCGGACAACCAAUCUCCAACUCUAAAGGGGAUUAUCCGAAUCAUGAAGAGAAGAAACCUCAGCGCCGUGACCGAAACAGAAGGGACAUGGUACCCAAUAGGGCUAGCCUCCACCAAGAAACAAGGAAGGGAAGGAGGAGUUUAGGGGGAGGAAGCAACGAACUCUCGAUAAACCUAAAUGCAAUAACGGACGAAGAGCAAAAAAACAUGGACCCCACUGAAGCCUGA